UGAGACUUAAGAAAUUUGAGUAAAAAUGUGCUUCCUACAUUUAAGGACCACCUUAAUGUACUUACAUACUAAGUAUGUACAUACAUAUGUAAUUGAAACUGCUAAUAGAAAAGGGGUAUUGGAGUUGUUUUAACAACAUUCAGCAGCUUAAAAACAAUAACAACAACAAUAUAACCACAACCACUACCAAGUGGUGAGCCACCAAGAUCGGUAAGCUCCACCACACCAAAGGCAAUAAAAAAAAAAAAACCAUAGCCGAAGAAAAUAGUGAAAACGCAUUCAGAAGAGGAGGUACAUACAUACAUAGGUAGUACGAAGAAGAUCGAAAUAAGGAACAUCAAAGCAAGAGAAGCAUGUACAUACAUACCUACAUAUAUGUAGAUAAAGUUAAAUAACACACUAGAAAAAACUGUGAGCACGAGAAAAUAUAAAAAAUCUCGUUUUUCGGGUCCAUCUUAAAUAAAUUCUUUUCACUGAUUUAACAACCCGUUCGCUUGCUUCUACGUUUCCAAGGUAAUUUCUUGAUCAAUUGUUAUUCCGUUUCCAGCAGCACACGUUCGGUUGGGCUAACUUCUUACUUGCCGGUUUUACUACAUAAACACAUACAGACACAUACGAAUGUUUGUAUGUACGUACUUUUGAGCAACGUCGGCGAAAAGGUAGAAAACGAAAUACGCAAAACAGAAAAAAAAACAAAUAAAUAAAAUUAUAAGAAGAAAGAAACAACCAAAAUUCAAAAUCACUAGCAAUAAUAAAAAUAAAAGCAGCAACAACAAGUGAAUUUUUUGAGCGCCCAUUGCCUUCAGUUACAUAGCUUGUCUGCAGCAGCAUCUCAACUUGACCUUUUUGGGUAUAUUCGUUUUAAGCCACAACAACAACAAUAACCAGCAUUUGGCCGCCAGUAGCUAUUAGCACAAGUGAAGCCAGUUAGAAAGUUACCAGUAGCACAACAGCAGUGACUAUUCACUAAUAAAUUUAUUUCCCCUCCCCACACACGGAUUAAAAUAAAACCUUCACGCUGGAUUUGGGAUACUACGAAGCUGUUAAAGCAUCACAAUAUGAACCCGGCGGUUACUCGUUGCAGGCACAAAAUCGCAAAGAUGCCACCAUGAACCAGCGUGAUGGUAUUAUCAAAUUCGAGAAUGAGCGUAUUAAAACGCUACAGGAGGAGCGUCUACAUAUACAAAAGAAGACGUUCACAAAAUGGAUGAAUUCAUUUUUGGUAAAAGCAAAAAUGGAGGUCGAAGACCUAUUCACAGAUCUAGCCGAUGGCAUCAAAUUACUCAAGUUGCUGGAGAUCAUAUCGUCGGAGAAACUGGGAAAGCCGAAUAGCGGUCGAAUGCGUGUUCACAAAAUCGAAAAUGUCAACAAGAGUCUGGCCUUCUUGCACACCAAGGUUCGCUUAGAAUCAAUCGGUGCUGAGGAUAUUGUCGACGGAAAUCCCAGAUUGAUUUUGGGUUUAAUUUGGACCAUCAUUUUGCGGUUUCAAAUACAAGAAAUUGAAAUUGAUGUGGAUGAAGAAAAUGAAUCAUCCGAGAAGCGUUCGGCGAAAGAUGCCCUGCUGUUGUGGUGCCAGCGUAAAACGCAUGGUUACCCCGGUGUUAAUAUACAAGAUUUCACAUCCUCCUGGCGCUCGGGUCUGGGCUUCAAUGCGCUUAUACAUUCACAUCGGCCCGAUCUCUUUGAGUACAGCACAAUUGUCAACUCGAAGAACUCGAAUAUUGACAAUCUGAAUCAUGCCUUCGAUUUGGCUGCUUCCGAACUGGGUAUACCAAGCUUAUUAGAUGCCGAAGAUGUGGACUCUGCACGUCCGGAUGAGAAGUCCAUCUUGACAUAUGUUGCUUCAUACUAUCACACAUUUGCUCGCAUGAAAAAUGAACAGAAGAGCGGGAAACGCAUUGCCAAUAUUGUGGGACAGUUGAUGGAUGCUGACCGCAAGAAAAUCUAUUACGAACGGCUAACAACAAAUCUGUUAAGUUGGAUUAGACAAAAAACGUUGGAGUUGAAACAGCGAGAUUUCCCCAACUCGUUAGAGGGCAUACAGCGAGAACUGCUGGCGUUCAAGGAGUAUCGAACAAUCGAAAAACCGCCAAAGUAUAAGGAACGAAGUGAAAUCGAAGCGCUGUAUUUCACCAUCAAUACACUGUUAAAAGCACUAAAUCAGCCGCCAUACAACCCACAAGAAGGUCAAUUGGUGAACGACAUUGAGAAGGCGUGGCAACAGCUCGAGUAUGCUGAGCACAAUCGUGAGGUGGCACUACGCGAGGAACUGUUGCGUCAAGAGAAGCUGGAGCAGCUCAAUUACAAAUUCGAAAAGAAGUCCGUGCUGCGUGAGGGCUACCUGAAAGAGAUGAUCCAAGUGCUCUCCGAUCCACGCUACUUGCGACAGGUCGACGCUACACUGAAGAAGCACGAAGCCAUUUCGGCAGAUAUUUUGGCGCGCGUGGAGCGUUUCAACGAUCUUACCGCUAUGGCCAAUGAGUUGGAGCGGGAAAACUAUCAUGGCAAAGAGCGUGUAAAGAGACGCGAGGCAGAGGUAAUGGACAAGUGGCGCAAAUUACUUGAACUGCUUGAAAAUCAACGCUUGAACUUGUCACAAAUGAGUACGCUCAUGAAUUUGUUGCGCGAAAUCGCCAGCACGACCGAAGCGAUUAAAGAACUGCAGACGCAGUUUGCAUCCGAAGAUGUGGGCCCGCAUUUGCUGGGUGUAGAAGAGUUGCUACAGGCGCAUUCUUUGCAAGAAUUGCAGGUGAACACGUAUGGCGAAACAUUGAAACGCUUCAACCGCCAGGCACAACCUUACAAAACGUCCGAACAAAAGGAUGCUGCGCUACUUGUGCAGCGCCUAGGCGAACUCGAGCAGGCCUAUGCAAUUUUAUUAAAGCUGUGCGCAAAGCGACGCGCAUGCCUGGAGGAAGCGCGAAACUUUUACCAUUUCAUGGAAGACUACGACAACGAGGAGGGCUGGCUGGUGGACAAACAACGCAUCUGCAAGACAGGCAUCACAGCAAAAGACUUGCGGGCUGUUCUUUCACUGCAGCAGAAACACAAGGCGCUCGAGGAUGAAAUAAAGGUACGCAAGCCGAAAUCAACGCAGAUGUCAGACGCUGCCAAAAAGUUGAUCGCUGAAAAACAUCCACGUUCACCAGAUAUCAAAAGUCGUAUCGAAUCUUUGGCUGAGCACUGGAAGGCUUUGGAAGAGUUGGUGGAGUUGCGGCGCCGCCAGCUCGAAGACGCCGCCGAAGCGUAUCAAUUCUACACCGAUGCCAACGAAGCGGAAUCGUGGCUAAAUGAGAAAAUGGCUCUGGUAAAGUCCAAUGACUACGGCACCGAUGAACCCUCAGCACAGGCGCUUUUGCAGCGCCACCGUGAUCUACAGGGCGAGUUGAAUGCGUACUCGGGCGAUAUACUUAACUUGAACCAACAAGCCGAAAAGCUCAUCAAAGCUGGUAUCUGUACACUUGAGCUUUCAGCUGCUGAGCCAGAAAUGCCCGAGGUCGAACAGGAGGAAUGGGUGAACGAGACACGUCUUGUGCCGAAAGAAGUGUGGGAGGAUGAGUGGGUAGAAAAGCUGGAGCAUAAGAAAGUCACUGAAACAAAACUGUUGCCACACGUCCGUUCAAUGUUUCCCUUCGAGGGUCAGGGCAUGAAGAUGGAUAAGGGCGAGGUAAUGUUGCUGAAGUCGAAAACGAACGACGAUUGGUGGUGUGUGCGGAAAGAUAAUGGCUUGGAAGGCUUUGUGCCGGCCAAUUACGUGCGUGAAAUUGAUCCCCGACCGGUGCCAUGUAUUGUACCAAAGGCAGAAAAGGUCAAGGCUCUGCAGAAGGUGAAGAAGACUAUAUUGGUGCGACAAGUGGUGCCAGUAAAACGCAUUAAGCCAAUUGCGGCGCCACCAAAGCCACUGGUGAAGCGACGCAUUUCAUCGAACAGUAUUAACGAGAAUGCCGAUAGUGUAGAGAAACGGCAGAAACGCAUAAACAGUACCUAUGACGAGUUGCAGGAUACAGCGCAGAAACGACAUGCGUUACUCGAGGACUCCAUACACCUGUUCGGAUUCUAUCGCGAGUGUGAUGAUUUCGAGAAGUGGAUGAAAGAUAAGGAGCGCAUUAUUAAUUCAGAUGACGGCGAAGGUGUGGAGAACGCAAAACGAAAGUUCGAAAAGUUCCUAACCGACCUGUCGGCGGCAUCAAAACGCAUUGAGGAAAUCGAUGGUGCUGUCGACAACUUCCGUCGACAAGGGCAUUCACAGCUGGACAAAAUAAUUGCACGUCAACGGCAGAUACAUCAAAUUUGGCAACGUCUGAAUAACGCAAAAGCGCAACGCGAAAAGAGCUUGGAAGGAGCAUCAAGUGUGGAUCUCUUCAAUCGCACAUGUGAUGAGGCUAAGGUUUGGAUGAACGAGAAAAUGCUGCAACUGGACACGGCUGUAAUCAGCCCAGAUCUAAAAACGGUGCAAGCGCUACAGCGACGACAUCAGAAUUUAGAGCGGGAAUUGGCACCCGUUGAGGAGAAGGUGAAUCGUGUGAACUACCUAGGAAAUUCGGUAAAGAAUGCAUAUCCGGCUGAGCGAAACAAUGUAACAGAGCGACAACAGGAGGUGUUGGAUAUGUGGAAGCAAGUCCACGGCAAAGGCAGUGAGCUGCGAGCGCGCAUCGAAAGUGCAGUUGGACAGCAAAUUUUCAACAACAGUGCAAAGACGUUACUUGCCUGGAUAGACUCGGUGAAAGAUCAACUAAAUGCAGACGAAUCUGCGCGUGAUGUUGAAACAGCCAACAAUCUUUUGAAAAAACAUAACGAUCUGGGCGACGAUAUCAAGGCUCACGACAACGAAUUUGUUGAGGUCAUAGGUUUGGGCAAGCAACUGUCCGAUGGAAAACCCAACAUGGAGGAAACCGUUAAAAUCAUUGAACGUCUAAAGGCCGAACAAGACGCUAUUCACCGCGGUUGGGUGGAGAAACAGAAAUGGCUGCAACAAUGCGUCGAAUUGCAAAUAUUCAACAGAGAAGCAGACAAAAUCGAUGCCACUACAAAAAGUCACGAAGCUUUUCUUGAAUAUAACAAUUUGGGUAACUCCCUCGACGAAGUUGAAGCCAUACUUAAGCGACACCUUGACUUUGAGAAAAGCCUUAUGGCUCAGGAUAAAAUUCUCAAAGGUUUUUCUGACAAUGCCGAUAAAUUGAUUGGCAAUGACCACUAUGAUAAAAAAUACAUUGACGAUAGGCGCAAUCAAGUUCUAGGCAAGAGGAAAGCAGUGGAAGAUCGUGCUUUCGAGCGCAAACGUUCCCUUCAAGCUUCCAAAGAUUUCCACAAAUUCGCUGCGGAAGCUGACGAUCUUGCCGUGUGGUUAAGCGAUAAAACCAAAAUAGCCGGCGAUGAGAGUUACCGAGAUCUUACCAAUUUGCCACGCAAGCUGCAGAAACACAAAGCUUUCGAGCGCGAGUUACGCGCAAAUGAGGGUCAAUUGCGUAACGUCAACAAGGAGGGGCAGGCAUUGAUAGCGACGAAUAAUCGUGUGCCUGCGGUGGAGAGGCGAAUGGUCGACUUGAACCAAAAGUGGAGAGAUCUAUUGGCGCUCUCGGAAGACAAGGGACGCAAACUGGAACAGGCCGUAUCGCAGCGUGAACAUAACCGCGCCAUUGAUGAUGCCAAGCAAAAGGUGGCCGAGUUAGAUGCUGCACUAAAAAGCAAGGACGUUGGCACCGAUCUGCGCAGUUGCAAAGAUUUGAUAAACAAACAUCAGUUACUCGAGUCUGAGAUAACGGUGUGGGAACAAAAGAUCGUCGAACUAGUUAGUACUGGUGACGAGAUGGCACAUGAAGGUCAUUUCAAUGCAGUGCACAUCAAAGAUGAAACAAAGGAUAUACAAAAUCGCUUUAAGUUAUUACGCGAACCAGUACAAAAACGUCGCGAGGAACUCGAAGAGAGCUUGAAUUACCACAAGUUCGUGUUUGAGCUAGAUGCCGAAUUCCAAUGGAUCAACGAUCACAUGCCAGCAGCUAAGUCUAAGGAGCUAGGUCAAAACCUCCACCAAGCGCAAACUCUCUCGAAGAAACAUAAAAAACUCGAGGCCGAAGUUAAGGGGCAUCAACCCAUGAUCAACAAAGCUUUGCAAGCCGGUCAAACGCUGAUUGCACAAAAUCAUCCCGAAAAAGAGAAUGUAAAAGCCUUGAGUGCUAAGUUGGAAGAUGCCUGGGCUGACUUGGAGAGCAAUUCAAAUGAUCGCAGUAAGAAGCUGGAGAUGUCACUUAAGGCGCAGCAGUACUUGUCCGACGCCGGGGAGAUUGAAUCUUGGUUGGGUGAGAGAAGCAACGUCCUGCGCUCCACUGAGUAUGGGCGAGAUCGCGACUCUGCCGCCAAAUUGCUGACCAAACACAAGACAAUCGAACUGGAGCUGGACACGUACUCUGGUAUUGUCACCGAAAUGGGGCACAAUUGUGCCGCCAUGGUGGCCGCUGGACAUCCGGACAGUAAAAUUCUUGCUGCGAAACAACAACUUAUCGAAAAAAUGUUUAAAUCACUACAUAAAUUGGCGCAACAACGACAAAUGCGUUUGAUGGAGAGCCUAUACAUGCACGAAUACUUCCUGGAAUCGGAUGAGGUGGAACAAUGGAUUAAGGAACAAGAACAGGCAGCUUCAUCUGAGGACUAUGGACAAGACUAUGAACAUCUCCAAUUGCUGCAAAAUAAGUUCGAUGAUCUAAAACAUCGCGUGGAAGUGGGUUCGGAUCGAGUGAAUCAGUGUGAAGUACUGGCCAAGAAACUUAUCGACACAGAGAGUCCAUACGCCACAGAUGUGGAGAGGCGUCAAGAACAGUUGAGGGAUUCUUGGGAAAAUCUGCUAAAAUUACUCAACCAACGCGAGCAAAAAUUACACGCUGCCGGAGAAAUACAUCGUUUUCAUCGCGACGUUGCGGAGGCGCUCUUCCGCAUCCAAGACAAGAACGCCGCACUCUCCUCUGAGCUCGGAAGAGAUUUGAACUCAGCACUAGCACUGUUGCGAAAACACGAAGGUUUCGAAAAUGACCUCGUCGCCUUGGAAGCACAACUGCAGGUUUUGGUUGAGGAUUCUGUACGCCUGCAAUCGAAAUAUCCCUCGAACGCCGCUGCUAUAGCUCAACAACAAGAUAAGGUCGUAGCUGCUUGGAAUGAUUUGAAGGAGCGCUCCGGAGCACGCAGUGAUCGCUUGGCCGCCAGUUCGGAUCUGCAGUCCUUCCUUACAGAUGUACGUGACAUCAUGUCGUGGUCGUCUCACCUGCGAGCCGCUCUGCAGGCUGAAGAGCAUGUCAGCGAUGCAGCUGGUGCGACUGCGUUGAAGAUCCAGCAUGACGCUAUAUACGGUGAAAUCGAAGCACGAGAGGAUAAAUUCCGCUACUUGAAUGAGUUAAGCGAUUCGAUGGUGCAAACUGGUCAUUACGCUGCUGCAGAAGUAGAAGAAAAAUGCGCGGCUAUGUUGGACGAACGUCAGAAGUUACAUGCGGCAUGGAAUAAGAAGAAGAUCAUGCUGGAACAGAAGAUUGAUCUGUUCUGUUUCUUACGCGACGCGAAACAAAUUGACAAUCUUUCAAGCUCGCAACAAGCCGCGCUCAGCAGCUCGGACUUUGGUCAGACAGUCGAAGACGUUCAAAACCAGAUAAAGAAACAUGACGAAUUCGAACGUCUCAUACAGACACAAGAAGACAAAGUCGCUUUGUUGCAGGAGCAUGGUCGCAAACUGAUCGAACAGCGUCAUUACGACAGUGCAAACAUUCAAACAAUCCUACAAGGCGUUUUGGCGCGCCGACAAAAAGUAAAGGAUCUCUGCGCAGUGCGGCGAUACAAAUUGGAGGAUGCGCUCUUAUAUGCCCAGUUUGUGCGCGAUUGUGCCGAGGCUGAAUCUUGGAUAAACGAGAAAAAGAAGAAACUCGAAGCUGAUGCAGCCAGUUAUGCGGAAGUGUCCAAUUUAGACGAGAAGAUAAAGAAACUUCAAAAACAUCAGGCCUUCCAAGCUGAGGUUGCCGCCAAUCAAGGCCGUAUCCAAGAAAUACAAGAAACUGGUUUGAUUCUAUUGACCAAACAGCACGAGUCUUCGAAGGAGAUCAAGCAAGCGGUUGAACGAGUUGUUGCUGCUUGGAAGAGUUUGCUCGAAGAAUUGGACAAUCGUGGACGUGGUCUCGAAGAAGCACAAGACAUAUUGGAAUUCAAUAAUCAGCUGGACAAGAUUUCAGCUUGGAUCCGCGACAAGGAAAUGAUGAUUCAGGCUAGUGACACUGGCCGAGAUCUGGAGCACUGCAAUGCUCUCACACGCAAACUGGAUGACGUGGAUUCAGAUAUGCGUGUUGAUGAUCAACGUGUUAAGCAUAUCAAUAACUUAGCUGACAAGCUUAUUAGUCAAGGUGAGGUGCCGGCUGAGACCAAGAAUAUUGACAAGCGUCGUCGCGACUUCAACAGCAAAUGGCGUCAGCUGCAAGGUGCACUGAACGCCUACAGGGCUCUACUCGGGGAAGCCAAUGAAAUACACGUUUUCAACCGCGAUGUCGACGACACAGCCGAUCGUAUUGCCGAGAAAGCACUGGCCAUGAGUUCCGAUGAUACAGGACGUGAUUUGGCAGCUGUGGAAACCCUAAUUCGCCGUGAAGAUGCCCUGGAGCGUGACAUGUCAGCAGUGAAACAAAAGAUCGGCGAGCAUGAACUCGUUGCGCAGGCUCUACUGAAACGUUAUCCCGACCGCGUCACAGACAUCGAGCACAAAAUAGACGAGCUGCGCACAUCCUGGCAAAAUCUACAAGAUUUAUCUGUAAAACGACGAGCUAUUCUCAAUGAUGCCUAUCUGGUACAUAAAUUUGUCUCUGACGUAAAGGAGCUGGAGCUCUGGCUUAACGACAUGAUAAAGAAAAUGAAUGCUGCUCAAGCGCCGAUGACUAUAAAUGAUUGCGAGACGCAAUUGGAGCUACACCAGGAGCGUAAGGUGGAAAUUGACGGGCGAGAUAAGGCUUUCAAAGAUUUAAAAGCUCAUGGCGAAACACUCAGUGGCAUGAAAAAACCAGCAAACGUGAAGCAAUAUUUGAUGAUACUCGAGGACUUGCAUAGCACUCUGCACGAGGCGUGGAAUGAACGCGCCAGGGAUUUGACCGAAGCACAUCAACUGCACUUAUUCAAGGCUCAGGUAGAGCAGGUUGAGAUCUGGCUGGCUAACAAGGAGGCUUUCCUGAACAACGAUGAUUUGGGUGAUUCCUAUCCCGCUGUGGAACGUCUGAUCAAAAAGCAUGACGCCUUUGAGAAAUUGUUGGACUCGGACAACGUUACCGAACUGCAAAAGUUCGCGAAAAGCAUUUUAGAAGGUGAUCCCAAGGACGCUGACGUCAUAACCGAAAAGCUGAGCUAUGUUCUGCGACGAAAGGAGAAGCUGAACGCCUUAUCUCUGGAACGUAAACAAAAGUUAUUGCAGUCGUUGCAACUGCACGAAUUCCUUCGUAGCCUAUACGAAAUCGACCGUUGGUUGGUACAAAAAAUGCAAUUGGCGCUGGAUGAGAACUACCGCGAGCCGAACAACUUGCAAAGUAAAAUUCAAAAGCACACCACUUUUGACAGCGAAUUAUUGACAAAUGCAUCGCGUGUUAAGGACGUAAUCAAUGAAGGCGAGCGCCUAAUCAAGGACGAGCACUUUGCCAAGGAGGAAAUAGCUCAACAACUGAAAAUGCUUGAAAGCGAUUGGAAUAAACUGAAGGCGGCAUCUAAGGCAAAGAGAGAGAAACUGAAUCAAGCCUACGAAGCGCAGGCAUUCAACCGCAGUCUGGAUGAGUUUAAUAACUGGAUGGACGAAGUGGAGUCACAUUUGUCGAGUGAAGAUUAUGGCAAAGAUCUAGCCACAGUAAAUCAUUUGAUUAAAAAACAUGAGCGCCUUGAAGCCGACGUGACGCAUCAUAACGACCUGGCCGACCAAAUCAAACAGACCGACGAAAAAUUCUUCCAAGCCGAUCACUUCCUUAAGGACGAAAUUCACGAGCGCGCUAUGACAACAAUCAAACGUUAUCGCACCCUACAUGAACCCAUUACCAUUCGCCGGGAAAAUCUCGAAGAUUCGUUGAGCCUCCAACAAUUCCUGCGUGACGCUGAAGAUGAACUUCAAUGGCUUACUGAAAAGGAGGCAAUCGCCAAUGCGCAAGAUCUGGGUAGUAGUCUCAUAGCUGUGCAAGUUCUCCAAAAGAAACAUCAGGGCCUCGAGGCCGAGAUUCUUUCGCAGGAGCCGCUCAUCAAAGCGCUCUUACAGCGUGGCCACCAGAUGAUACGCGACGACCAUUUCGCCAGUGAACAGGUGCAAUACAAGUGCGACUUGCUGCAGAAGAAACUCGUUAACCUGCGAGAUGUCGCCAGUAUACGUAGAUUGCGACUUUUAGACGCGGUGGAGAGUCAAAUGUUCUAUGUAGAGGCGAAUGAAGCCGAAGCGUGGACACGUGAAAAACGGCCGAUACUUGCUUCCAGCGACUAUGGUCGCGACGAGACUUCCGUGCAAUCGCAUCAAAAGAAACUGGAAGUACUGCAACGCGAGUUGAUAGCGUUUAAGAGUUCUAUAGAGAAGGUCAACAAACUUGCCACCGGCCUGGUUGAGCGUAAUCACUUUGAUAGUGCCAAUAUCACCACGAAGAAUGAAACAGUAACAAAACAGUAUGAAGAGUUGCUGCGACUGGCUAAAGACCGUGAAGUGCGCUUGAGCGAAUGUAAAAAACUGUUCGAGUACUUGCGCGAGGCUGAAGAUUUGCAUGAGUGGAUUGGCGAUCAGAUGGCGGUAACCGCAUCUGAGGACUAUGGAGAGGACGUUGAGCACGUUGAACAACUAAUCUUGGCGUUCGAGUCGUUCGUAUCUAAUUUGAAUGCCAAUCAAGGACGGGUGCAAGCUUGUUUGAACCACGGCGAUGAGCUUAUCAAAGAGAAUAAUCCCUACCGCGCCUCGAUUAAGGCCAAACGGGACGAGACCAAGCAACUGUGGGAAGAGCUCAAGGAUCUAGUCAAUGCUCGGCAAGAUGCACUGGCUGGCGCAAAACAAGUACACGUCUAUGAUCGCGUGGCCGAUGAAACGAUUUCGCUGAUCAACGAGAAGGAGGCUUCACUUAUCUCAGAGGAUUACGGACAAGACUUGGAGAGUAUACAAGCGUUGAGCCGCAAGCACUCGGUAUUCGAAGGUGAACUUGUGGCUAUCAAGGAACAAGUUGAUUCAGUGCUUGUGGAAGCUACAAAACUAGGGGAAGUAUAUCCAGACGCAAGGGAGCACAUCGAAGUGAAAAGAGACGAAACGGUGGAAGCAUGGACCGACCUAAUGGAAAAGACAAACGCACGCAAAGAAAAACUGCAACAGGCAGAACAUUUGCAAUCCUACUUCGAUGAAUAUCGUGACUUGAUUGCCUGGAUCAAUGAGAUGCUGGCCAAGAUAACAGCACCAGAUUUGGCAACAACUGUGGCAGGUGCAGAGUCAUUGCUGGCUAGCGUGAAAGAACACCACGCCGAGAUACAUGCACGCGAUGAGACCUUUGCUAACUUCACGGCAGAUGGACAGAAACUAAUAAAUGAGAAGCAUUUUCUUGCACACGAAAUCGAAGAGAAGAUUCAAGUGCUACAGCAACGGCACGAACUUUUGAAAAACACACUGCAACAGCGCAAAGAGAUCUACGAACUCAACUUGGAUACGCAAAUCUUCCUUAAAGAUGCUGAGAUUCUCGAAAACUGGAUAAUCAGUCGCGAACCUUUGCUGAAAGAUGCCAAAUUGGGUGAUUCGAUACCGCAGGUUGAAGAUUUAUUGCGCCGUCAUCAAGACUUCGAAAAAACCGUCGCCGCGCAAGAGGAGAAGUUCCAAGCUAUCAAGCGCAUUACACUGCUUGAGCAACGGUUCCGCAAACAAGUCGAAAGCGAGAAACUUGCCAAACAGAAGGAGAAGGAACGCUUAGAGAAGGAACGACUCGAGAUGCUCAAACAGAAAGAGUUGCAGCGACUCAACGACGAACGAAGGCGCGCGGAGAAGCAAUUGGAAAACCGCCAAAAUGCUGCGGCCCAAGAAAAGACGCCCAUCUUCUCCACGCCCAUGGUCGCUGUCAACACCAACAACAUACCGCAAUCUCCAGCCAUUUCCGCAUCGCCACUACGUUCACCCUUCGACGAGGAUCAGUAUUCACUGCAGAAGAGCAGCUCGAGCGGCAUGUUCGGUGAUCGCUUACGUCGCGGCUCUGACACCAAUGUGAAACGCGCGGAAAGUAUGAAGGUACAACAAAAGCAACCGAAACGCACACCAUCUUUUACCACACGCCGUCGUGCGCAAUCGUUCCGCAAGAACCAAAAAGGUGAAGGAUUCGAUCUGCCACCUGUCGAAAUACAAGGAAUGCUCGAGCGCAAACAUGGCCUGCAAUCGGGCGGCAAAAAGGCACCAGUGCGUUCCUGGAAGCAAUUCCAUACAGUACUCUGUGGUCAACUCUUGUGCUUCUUCAAAGAUGAAAAUGAUUUUCUGCAGCAGAAAACGGCAAACGCUCCAGUCAACAUACUCGGCGCCAAAUGUGAACGCGCCGAAGACUACACCAAAAAGAAGUACGUAUUCAGGUUGAAGCUGCCCGACGGAUCCGAGUUCCUCUUCGAAGCGCCGUCGUUAGACAUCAUGAACGACUGGGUGCGUAAGAUAUCUUUCCAUGCUAGUCUGCCACCAAAUCUACAGCUUCUGAGUUACGAUGAAUCAAUGAAGCAACAGUCGAACAGUUUCCCAGAUAUUAAGGUAGCCAGUGGUCAGAUAGAGUCGCCGGUGAGCUCGCGAACAUCGUCGCCGGACUCGCAAAGGCGUGCCAUCUCACGCAACGACUCGAUCAAUAGCGGUAUGUCGGCAAGUUCAGCGACACCACAAAUGAAUUUCCUGCAAAAACAAAUGCAACAGCAACAGCAACAAAGGGCUUCACCAUCCUCUCCAACGGCAUCGUAUGGUUUCGAGCAGAAGCCGCCAAUACCACCCAGAGGUGCACCUCCGCCAGUACCACAUAGACAAAGUACCGAAAAUUUAGUAGUGCUGAGAAAUCGAAACAGCUCCAGCAAUGACUUGAGCGAAUCCAACUAUGGCGGCAACUCAACACGAUUGCAGUCUUCCACAUUACCCGCAGGCAUUUCCGGCAUUCAAAACGGUUCAAAUGAAGACAAUGUAGUGCUAAAACGCAACAGUGAGGCUAGACAAUCAGAAAAUCCUCCACCUUUGCCUACGACUAUGCCACCUGUGGGAAGCGCUCAUUCGCACCAUCCACAAAUUCAACAGCGUAUAAAUGCUUUGAACGCUGCCGCAAUGCAGCAUCCGCACCAGCAGCAGCAACAACACCCACAACCGUCAGAUAUGUACUCGUCACAAGGAAGCUAUAUGCGCACUCAGCAGCAUGUGACGUCGCGCACUCCCGUGGCGAGUGGACGCGCGGAUGCCUCGCGCAAAUUCAUAGAGGUAGAAUCGAGCGGUAUCGGCACUCCGUCGAGUGUCACAGCCGCGAAGCGCACUCUACACACAACCACUUCAACAAGUUCGAAUUCAAGUGGUAGCAGCAACAGCAACAGCAACAGCAACAACAACAAUAAUGGUAAACACAUGAUGCAUACGAAUAACACCGGGUCGUCGCCAACGACGACAACUACUACAACGGCGACUAGUCGCACUGUGUGGCAUUUCACUACCAAUAACAACUCCAUAAAUAAUCCGAGUUACAUGGGCUUGAACAAUAACGAUGGAACCGGUUAGCGCAGUCACUCAUCCAUAACUCAAACACACAGACACUCACACCUACACCCAAAUACACACACUCUUUCUCUCUCUCUCUCUCUCUCUCUCUCUCUCUCUCUCGCUCUUUCUAACCGCUUACACACUUUUAAUUGCAUCUUGAUCUUUCAUAUCUGACGACAUUUGGAGGAACAACUUAAGUAGAGUUCGGCCGUUUUUUCUCUAAACCACUAAAUGUUCGAACAUCUUUCCAAAAUUUAAAGUAUUGAUUGAUCAUACAGAAGUUCAACAACAUCUUAAAAGUUAUUUAAGAAAUCACAAACAGGCAAAAUUACUUAAGUUGAUUUUUCAAAAGUUCACAGAUAUAGUAUAAGAACGCAUGUAUAUAUGUAUGUAGAUACAUAUCGCUCAUUUACUUCAAUAGUGUCAUAACUCAAAAAAGCAAAACUCGAAAAAUUGACUUUAAAAGUUUUGAAUUUACAUAUACUUUCUUCUAAUGAGCUAUUAUUAAUCUAUACAGCUAUGCAAUUUUUACACAACAUAGAAAAAAGGUAGCGGUAAUUUCUGCAAACUCAGUUAAAAAUUUAUAUUAUAACACCAUCUAUACAAUUGAAGUAAAUGAUCGAUAUGUACAUAUCUAUGCAUGUAUGUAUGUAUGUAUGUACAGCCCACGACAACAGAUAGCACAUUAACAUUUUAGGCGGUGUUGAUUAAUUUUCUUUUGUUUUUUAACGCUCAUUAUUUUUUUAUUUACAAAAGUAUAGCUCA